GGGGGAGUUUCUAAGUGUCUACUUCAGAGGUCGCUACCGUGCCUGUCUUUCUCUUUUUCGACGGUCAGUUUUGCUGUGCCGUCUUUUUGUUGAACUUCGCCAGCAGUUUAUCCAAAAUCAUCGAAAAUGGUGAACUUCACAGUAGAUGAAAUCCGUGUCAUGAUGGACAAGAAGAAGAACAUCCGUAACAUGUCUGUCAUUGCCCAUGUCGACCAUGGCAAGUCUACAUUGACAGACUCUUUGGUUGGCAAAGCUGGUAUCAUCGCUGGAGCCAAAGCUGGCGAGAUGCGCUUCACUGACACUCGCAAAGAUGAACAGGAGCGCUGCAUUACCAUCAAGUCCACUGCCGUGACAAUGUACUUUGAGCUUGGAGAAAAGGACUUGGUUUUCAUCACCAACCCAGACCAGCGUGACCCUACUGAGAAGGGUUUCUUGAUCAACUUGAUUGAUUCACCUGGCCACGUCGACUUUUCUUCCGAGGUCACAGCCGCUCUUCGUGUAACUGACGGAGCUUUGGUCGUCGUCGAUUGCGUUUCCGGCGUGUGCGUACAGACCGAAACUGUCUUGCGUCAAGCUAUCGGUGAACGUAUCAAGCCCAUCCUUUUCAUGAACAAGAUGGAUCGCGCUCUUCUUGAGCUCCAACUCGACCAAGAAGCUCUCUACCAAACUUUCCAGCGUAUUGUUGAAAACGUCAACGUCAUCGUCGCAACUUACGCUGAUGACGAGGGGCCGAUGGGUGAAAUUAGCGUUGACCCCAGCAAGGGUAGCGUCGGUUUCGGAUCUGGUCUCCAUGGCUGGGCUUUCACCUUGAAACAGUUCGCCGAGAUGUACGCUGACAAGUUCAAGAUCGAUACCGUCAAGCUUAUGAACCGUCUUUGGGGAGAAAACUACUUCAACCCAACCACCAAGAAGUGGUCUAAGACCAAGGACCCCGAGAACAAGCGUUCCUUCAACAUGUACGUGUUGGAUCCCCUUUACAAGGUGUUCGACGCUAUCAUGAAUUACAAGAAAGAAGAAACCGAUUCCCUCUUGACUAAAUUGGGCAUUAAGUUGAGCUUGGAAGACCGUGACAAAGAUGGAAAGAAUUUGUUAAAAGCCGUUGUACGUCAAUGGUUGCCUGCUGGUGAGACCUUGCUUCAGAUGAUUGCCAUCCAUUUGCCGUCACCUGCCACGGCACAAAAAUACCGUACGGAGAUGUUGUACGAAGGCCCUCUGGAUGACGAGGCUGCUGUUGCUAUGAAGAACUGCGACCCGAAUGGUCCACUUAUGAUGUACGUUUCUAAAAUGGUACCGACCACUGAUAAAGGUCGUUUCUACGCUUUUGGUCGAGUUUUCGCUGGCAAAGUAUGCACUGGUAUGAAAGCCCGCAUCAUGGGUCCCAACUACGUUCCCGGAAACAAGACAGAUCUUUACGAAAAGGCAAUCCAGCGUACCGUACUCAUGAUGGGCCGUUUCGUUGAGGCUAUUGAAGAUGUUCCUUGCGGAAACAUUUGCGGUUUGGUUGGUGUUGAUCAGUUCUUGGUCAAGACCGGUACCAUCACAACUUUCAAGGAUGCUCACAACUUGCGUGUCAUGAAGUUCUCCGUUUCUCCCGUCGUGCGUGUUGCCGUCGAACCCAAGAACCCCGCCGAUCUUCCCAAAUUGGUCGAAGGUUUGAAACGCUUGGCCAAGUCCGAUCCUAUGGUCCAAUGUAUCAUUGAAGAGUCCGGUGAGCACAUCGUUGCUGGAGCUGGUGAACUCCAUUUGGAAAUUUGCCUUAAGGAUUUGGAAGAAGAUCACGCCUGCAUCCCACUGAAGAAGUCCGACCCCGUCGUAUCAUACCGUGAAACCGUUUCCGAGGAAUCCGACCAGGUCUGCCUUUCCAAGUCUCCCAACAAGCACAACCGUCUGUACAUGAAGGCUGUCCCUAUGCCCGAUGGUCUCCCCGAAGAUAUUGACAAGGGUGAGGUUAACCCCCGUGACGACUUCAAGAUCCGUGGUCGUUAUCUUUCCGACAAAUACGAGUACGAUGUGACUGAAGCCCGUAAGAUUUGGUGCUUCGGACCUGACACCUCUGGACCCAAUCUCCUCAUCGACGUUACAAAGGGAGUUCAAUAUUUGAACGAAAUCAAGGAUUCCGUCGUUGCUGGUUUCCAGUGGGCCACCAAGGAAGGUGUCCUCUGCGACGAGAACAUGCGCGGUGUCCGAUUCAACAUCCAUGACGUCACCCUGCACGCUGAUGCUAUCCAUCGUGGUGGUGGUCAGAUCAUUCCUACUGCUCGCCGUUGUUUCUACGCUAGUAUCUUGACAGCUGCACCUCGUUUGAUGGAGCCCGUCUACUUGUGCGAGAUCCAGUGUCCUGAAAAUGCCGUCGGCGGUAUCUACGGUGUGCUCAAUCGUCGCCGUGGACACGUCUUCGAAGAGUCCCAGGUUGCCGGAACCCCCAUGUUCGUCGUCAAGGCUUACUUGCCCGUCAACGAAUCUUUCGGUUUCACCGCCGAUUUGCGCAGUAACACUGGUGGUCAAGCUUUCCCCCAGUGCGUGUUCGACCAUUGGCAGAUUCUUCCCGGAAAUCCGUUCGAACCCACAUCUAAGCCCGCACAGGUCGUCGCUGAUACGCGCAAGCGCAAGGGCUUGAAGGAAGGCAUCCCUGCGUUGGAUACCUACCUCGACAAGCUGUAAAGUAAAGGUGAUGCGUUCCCAGGGCCCUGCCGUAUUCUCACUAAACUGAGAUUUGAUUUGAGCAUCAGUUUACGCGUUAUUGGGUUUCUGGGUUUAAAUUGCAUUCUAAACAUUCUUGUGCAAAUACGAUUGAUAUCGAGAAAAUACAUGGGCUCUGGAAAAA